AUACCUAAAGCCACGCGUUUGGUUUCAUUUAAAAAUGAAGAUUUUUCUUUUAUUUGAUACAUUACAGUAGGAGUCUUAUCCAAUCUUAAUCCCAUCUCCUUCACUCCUUUCUUCUUCCUGUCAGCUUCAGGACCAAAUAAGAAAUUCAAACUCAUUCUCUCUCUCUCUCUCUCUCUCCCCCACUUUUUUUCUCAGCAACCUCAAAAUUCAUUUUCAGAUUAUAGUGUAGAUGAAAAUAAGCAGAGUUUAAUUUUAUCCUCAUAUUUUAUUUUAUUUUUCUGUUCAUUGGUUUGUUUACAGUGUUUGAUGGCAACCCUUUGCAAGUCUUACCCCCUUUCGCUUAAAAGAUGCAGGAGUCCCACAGGAAGAAACCCAGAUCACAUCCCACGAAUAACCCUUAGUCCCCGGUGUGCCAUGGGGGUAACUGUUCAAACAGUCACUGAAAUCUCGCAUCAAGGAAUAACCAACUCUGAACCAAUAUCUGAUAUGUUUGCUCUUGCUACAACUAACAUCAGUAUGCUCGAAACAGCACAUAUCUUCAAUGAGCUGAAGCACAAUAUACUGUUAAUAGAGUUGGAUGCAGCCACAGCAAAGGCUACCAUUCCCUUUAUAGGACCUUUCCUUUCGGCAUUUUCCUUCCUUUUCAUCCUAAGGAUAGUCAUGUCAUGGUAUCCAAGACUUCCGGUGGGUAAGUUCCCGUAUGUUCUUGCUUAUGCACCUACAGAACCACUUCUAGUUCCUACGCGCAAAGUGAUUCCACCCCUUGGCGGGGUGGAUGUAACACCUGUGGUUUGGUUCGGAUUACUUAGUUUCUUAAAUGAGAUAUUAGUAGGACCUCAAGGACUUCUGGUCCUCCUUUCUCAGCAGAUGUAAGUAGUUAACACAGCUGAAAGAGUAGAUGAUCAUUAGGCUACUUUUGGUGCCAAUAUUAUAAUUUUUGGGUUCAUAAAUUUUAACAAUUUAUGUAUUUACAAAUUUUUGGAAUCUCAGACUUUUUUUUUUGGUUA